CUGGCAAAGUGAUUCGAAGUAGAACUAGCGAAGAGGUUGGUAGCAUCAAGGAUGAAGCAUGAGCAUGAAUUGGAAUAUGAGGGAAGGUAGUGAAUCCGAAUGUUCAUUUCUAUUUUUAGCUCUUUUUUGCAUGGGUUCAUCCUUCCCGUGUGUUCACUAUCCCCGAAAAGACCAGCGAAAACCAGCGUGGUCGGGAGCUUGGGCAGAGACUCCAAUGUAAUUACAACUUGACCUGCUGACCCACAAACUGGUAACCUUAACCUUCACAACAAACACACAACACACAGCAAAAGUUUUAACCAUCAGAUAUAGAUAACAUGUGUAACAGACACGUCGCCCUUUUGCGUUACCUUGUUUGAUGCUGCUAAUCAACCUAUUUUUAUGGGACACAAUAUAUCUACAUCACGAAUGGUCAUGACGAGUCUUUGAAGACUAAACAGCUUUAAAAGGAGUUUGCCAGAUUUUUUUUAAAUAAGUGAAGCAAGAUAAUCGGUUAUCUUGUCUGAGUAACCAUAAUACUAGUAUUGAAAUUGUAUCAGUUAAUAUCAGGUAUGCAUCGUCCUUCGGUGGUGCUCUUUUAUGGUAUGUUUAUCACAAGCAUUAGGUUUAAGAAGUCAGUUGAAUAAUCAGAUAAGCAGUCUGCUUACCAUUACACCAGAUAACAGUGAUAUUAUUUCUGUAUCACAUCAGAAUAUUACAGUAGCUCUUUUGACAUCCACCAUACAGUUGUUCUAUGAUUCAGUAAAGUGUACUGCCAGUGCCCGUAUCAUUGCAGCGUUUAGGUAGCAAUACACAUGGAAAAUAAAAGAUUUUCAUUCACGCAAGGUGCCUAGACAGACUACAAAUGGGUUCUUAGCUCUGAUUUUGGUAGCUAUGAUGGAUGGCGAUUUGUAUGGAGAUUUGCAGUUUGGAAUAGCCAGAUUUGGACAGUGUUUACACUGUUUCUAGCCGAAUUUUUCGGUACUGCGAUGUUGCUUUUUGGUGGUUGCAUGGCUGGCAUAGACGGCUUUGAUAACGUCACGUCAAACAUAAGUCGUGGAAUUACCUUUGGAAUGGUUGUUAUGAUGGCGUUUAUAACAUUUAGCGCCACUUCAGGUGCAAUUAUUAAUCCGGUUGUGUCACUAGCAGCUUACAUCUAUGGUACAUUAUCUUUACAGUUAACGCUUUUAUAUAUUGUGGCUCAAUUCGCCGGGGCACUAUGUGGUUACGGACUAUUAAGAGCAGUCACACCGUGGCAAUAUUACCAACAAGCGCUGGAGCACGGAAACGCCCACUGCGUUACAGUCCCUCAUCAAAGCCUAUCUUCUGGAAUGGCCCUUGCAGUGGAGAUAUUACUAACGGGCAUGUUAGUGUGGACGAAUUGUGGCGUCUGGGAUCCGCGCAAUAAGAAGGACAGUGAUUCAGUUCCAGUUAAAUUUGCAUUUCUCAUUGCGGGGCUUUCAAUUGCCGGCGGGCCUAUUACCGGUGCCAGUAUGAAUCCCGCUCGGUCCCUGGCACCUGCAAUAUGGAAUCAUUACUACGAGGGACUUUGGAUUUAUUUUGCUGGACCUACGAUUGGUUCCAUAUUAAUGGUUACAAUGUAUCGGUAUAUUUUUCUUCAAAAAUGUAGUGAUACUUCGGAAAUGAUGGCCCCAUGCAAUUGCCAUCAUGAUACGGGGAAACAAGAUCCUCAUUCUUCUAAAAUUAUACCAUAAAUUCGAUCGUUGCGAAUACCAUGUAGCCCCUAUUAAAGUGUCUGCUUUUGAAGAUAGCAUCAUUACGUCGGUGUAAGCUGUAAUAAAGGCAAGCCUCUUUCAGGGUAAAGAUUAAGUAAACAAACCUAGCAGCAUUCAAAACUGACACGAUGUGCUAUCAGUAUAGGUAAAUUAAGCAUCGAAAAUUACCCCCGUUUGUCAGCAAAUUCUUUGAUUGGCCUUGUUAUCGGUAAAGAUAAGCUGAAAUUGUUCAGUACACCUAGUCUAAGCAAUGUGAUAGUACGCCAGUUAGCAUUCUGUGGCUUUCCGACUCGGUUAUUCCAUUCGUGAUGUAUAUAACGUUUCCACUUUCAUAUCGAUUAACGCCAAAGUAUCCUUAUAAA